AUGACAAGUUUCGGCGGCCACGAUGCGCAUGUCUACGGGGACGAAACCAAUGUGAGACAGAAGCCUGGACCGCAGGACAACUGGCAAGAAAGCGUUGUCUUGGCUUGGUGGGAUAAUAACGUGUCAGUGGGUGGGUUCCAACGUAUUGGACAUGAGCCAAACAAUCCAGAAGGCGCUGCCGUCGAACUCUGGAACAACAUCACGGCGCCAAACGGCACUUUUCACAAAGUCGUCAACAACCCCCUCCGCAAAGAAGAUUGCCCGGACAAUGGAGGCCUAGGUGGAGGAGAUGAUACGUUGAGCUUCGAGUUCCAGGAGGGAAAGCACAUAUGGAACUUUGAAGAGCCAGAGCUGUCGGGUCAGCUUGUACACGUGGAUGUUGGACCCAACAUAGACUCGUUUCCCAAAAAGGAAGGCAUCGGGUCAGACCUUGGAGCAGCACACUUUGACAUACCCGGUCGAGUGACAGGCUGGCUGAAAGUCAAAGGCCAAGGAUACAAAAUUGAUGGGCUUUCGAUCCGCGACCACGGUUGGGGCCCGCGAAGUCUGCCCCCAAUGCUAUCGCAUCGUUGGCUGGUGGGCACCUGUGGUCGACAGUUCAGUUUUAUCGCCAUCGCUUUCCACAGCAUGGCGGCUGAGCAUCACAUCGGCCGAUUCGGUUGGGUGAUUCGCAACGGCGAAGUCACGUAUGGCGAAAAGGUUGACAUGGUGGCCUAUGUCGAAGUGGAUGGGGCAACCAACAGAGGUGGGCAUCUCAAGUAUACUUUGACAACAGGCGAGGUCGUGGAUAUCGAGUGCAAGGCUGUGCCGGCCAAAGCAUUUGUGUGCUUCAAGGAGGGUGUUUGCUGCCUCGACCGCAUUUGCACAUUCACAUCUGGCGAGCAUAAAGGCUUCAUGAUGUUUGAAACUUCACACAACAUUCAACAUGGCACUCGCCGGCCGAUCACCUGGCACAACUCUGUCAUUGAUGAUGGAUGGACGGAUACAGGCGUCAUAGAUUGA